CGAAUCUUCUACACACGAUUCCUACCCCCCCCCCCCCCCCCCCCCCGAAUCGAACAAAAUGGCGGCUUCGUUAGCUUGCUCGAUAUCGAUCUUGCUAAUCGCGAUCGUCUCAGCAGCAGGAAACUUCAACCAGGACUUCGACGUUACGUGGGGAGAUGGCCGAGCCAAGAUCCUCAACAACGGCCAGCUCCUCACCCUCGCCCUCGACAAGGGUUCCGGUUCGGGGUUCCAGUCGAAGCACGAGUACUUGUUCGGCAAGAUCGACAUGCAGCUCAAGCUCGUCGCUGGCAACUCUGCUGGCACCGUCACUGCCUAUUACUUGUCGUCGAAAGGAUCGACAUGGGACGAAAUCGACUUCGAGUUCUUAGGCAACUUGAGUGGAGAUCCUUACAUCCUUCACACCAAUGUGUUCUCACAGGGCAAAGGGAACCGAGAGCAACAGUUCUAUCUCUGGUUCGACCCGACGGCCGAUUUCCACACUUACUCCAUCCUCUGGAACCCACAGCGCAUCAUAUUCUCGGUGGACGGCACUCCGAUCAGGGAGUUCAAGAACAUGGAGAGCAGAGGCGUUCCGUUCCCGAAGAGGCAGCCGAUGCGAAUCUACUCGAGCCUGUGGAACGCAGACGACUGGGCUACACGCGGCGGUCUGGUGAAGACGGACUGGUCGAAAGCUCCAUUCACGGCUUCCUACAGAAACUUCAAAUCGGAAGCUUCCUCUGCCGCAGCGCCAUGGAUGUCGCAGCAGCUGGACGCAACGAAUCAGCAGAGGCUGGCAUGGGUUCGGAGGAACUACAUGAUUUACGAUUACUGCAAGGAUUCCAAGAGGUUCCCUCAUGGAUUCCCUCCAGAGUGCAAUACCGCCUAAUUGUUAGAAAAAAGCCCAUUCGCUUGUUCACUUUCUUCUGAUCUUAUUAUUGUUUCUUCUUCCUCCCCUGUUUCUGUAAAGUAUAAAAAUUGGCGGGUAACGUAUCCUUUUCCUGAAAGGAAAGGGGUUGGAAUCCGAAUGCAAAAUGGAAUAAGCGAAACACAACCCUAAUAAUAUAUAUACACAAAGCUCGGUCACAGUCCAAGCUUUCUGUUGCGGCGCUUCUUUGCUCUGCUUUAUAUAGUUAGCUCUCUGUUUUUCCGGCCACUGUCACUCUGUAAUUCCAUCUCUCUCACUGGAUAUGCAAAAUCACCCACCAAACCCUAACUCGAA